UUCACCCAGAGCUGGUUGCCGGAGCGUCGUCAAUGGGAAGGGAACGCCGCGUUGGAAAAAGCGCACACUGUUUAGCCAAAUUUCAACUGCACCAUGGUUUGCGCCUCAGUUCCGUGUUUGUGGACUAUAUUUUGCCUUAAUUUAUGUUUUUAUGUGAACACUGGAAUAGCACAGAACACAAGAGAGGUGAUCCUGCUGGAUUCAAAGGCGCAGCAGACAGAGCUAGAAUGGAUAUCGUCUCCUCCAAGCGGGUGGGAAGAGAUCAGCGGCUUAGAUGAAAACUACACACCCAUUCGCACAUACCAGGUCUGCCAGGUCAUGGAGCCAAAUCAGAACAAUUGGCUACGGACUAACUGGAUUGAAAAGGGCGAUGCCCAGAGGAUUUUUGUGGAGCUGAAGUUUACCUUGAGGGAUUGUAACAGCCUUCCAGGGGUGGUAGGCUCUUGCAAGGAGACGUUCAACUUGUACUACCAGGAAACCGACGUGGAGGUGGGCAGGAAUAUAAGGGAGAGUCAGUAUGUGAAAAUUGACACUAUAGCGGCGGAUGAGAGUUUCACUCAGGGUGACCUGGGGGAAAGAAAGAUGAAGCUCAACACGGAGCUGCGUAUAAUCGGGCCCCUAUCCCGCCGAGGCUUCUACCUGGCCUUUCAGGAUGUAGGUGCCUGCAUCGCUUUGGUCUCUGUCAAAGUGUAUUACAAGAAGUGUUGGUCGAUUAUUGAGAACCUGGCCACGUUCCCAGAUACAGAUACGGGAUCUGAGUUUUCAUCGCUGGUGGAAGUGGAGGGCACAUGUGUCAAUGAUGCAGAAGAGGAGGCCGACAACUCUCCCAAAAUGCACUGCAGCGCAGAAGGAGAGUGGCUUGUACCCAUUGGGAAAUGUAUAUGCAAAGCUGGAUUUCACCAGAAGGGAGAUGCAUGUGAACCCUGUGGUCGUGGAUUCUACAAGUCUUCAUCCCAGGAUCUUCAGUGUUCCCGUUGUCCCGCGCACAGUUAUAAUGACAGAGAGGGCUCAUGGAGAUGUGACUGUGAAGACGGCUAUUACAGAGCCCUCUCCGACCCCCCUUCAGUCACCUGCACUAGGCCACCAUCAGCUCCUCAGAACAUGCUUUACAACAUCAACCACACCACUGUCAGCCUAGAGUGGACCCCGCCAGCUGACACAGGCGGCCGUAAUGACGUGACGUACCGGAUUAUUUGCCGCCGCUGUACCUGGGAGCCAGAAGAGUGCUUUCCUUGUGGGAGCAACGUUGGCUACUUGCCACAGCAGAGUGGAUUAAUGGACACCUACGUCACCAUCACUGAUCUGUUAGCUCAUGCAAACUACACCUUUGAGGUUGAGGCCGUGAACGGCGUGUCCGACCUUAGCCGUACCCAGCGACUGUUUGCAGCCGUCAGCAUCGCGACCAGCCAAGCAGCCCCAUCACAAGUGAGUGAGGUGAUAAAGGAGCGAGUUCAGCAGCACAGCAUUCAGCUCUCCUGGCAGGAACCAGAGCAGCCCAAUGGCGUCAUCACCGAAUAUGAGAUCAAAUACUAUGAGAAAGACCAAAAGGAUCGCAUUUACUCCACCGUGAAGUCAAAGUCUACUUCAGCCACAGUCAAUAAUCUGAAGCCAAGCACAGCGUACAUCUUUCAGAUCCGAGCAUUCACCGCUGCAGGAUAUGGCACCUUCGGUCCCAGAGUAGAGGUCACCACCAAGGAAGAAUCCACUGGAUCUGGUGAGCUAAUCACUACAGUCAUAUCGAGUGAGCAGAAUCCAGUCAUCAUCAUCGCUGUGGUGGCGGUAGCCGGUACCAUCAUCCUGGUCUUCAUGGUGUUUGGUUUCAUCAUAGGGAGAAGACACUGUGGCUACAGUAAGGCCGAUCAGGAAGGGGACGAGGAACUUUACUUUCAAUUUAAAUUUCCAGGCACCAAAACCUACAUUGACCCUGAAACCUACGAAGACCCAAACAGGGCUGUCCAUCAGUUCGCAAAGGAGCUGGAUGCCUCUUGCAUUAAGAUUGAGAGGGUUAUCGGCGCAGGAGAGUUUGGAGAGGUGUGUAGCGGACGACUGAAGCUGCCCGGAAAGAGGGAUGUGUCGGUGGCCAUAAAAACACUGAAAGUAGGCUACACUGAAAAACAAAGGCGGGACUUCCUGUGCGAGGCCAGCAUAAUGGGCCAGUUUGAUCACCCAAAUGUUGUUCAUCUGGAGGGUGUCGUCACCAGAGGAAAACCAGUUAUGAUAGUAAUUGAAUACAUGGAAAAUGGCUCAUUAGAUGCAUUCCUCAGGAAACAUGAUGGGCAGUUCACUGUGAUUCAGCUGGUGGGAAUGCUGCGUGGCAUCGCGGCCGGCAUGAGAUACCUCUCAGACAUGGGCUACGUCCAUCGCGAUCUGGCGGCGCGAAACAUCCUUGUCAACAGCAAUCUCGUAUGUAAAGUGUCCGACUUCGGCCUGUCCAGAGUGAUUGACGACGAUCCCGAAGCUGUCUACACAACGACGGGUGGAAAGAUCCCAGUUCGGUGGACAGCAAUGGAAGCCAUCCAGUAUCGUAAAUUCACAUCAGCUAGUGAUGUAUGGAGCUACGGGAUUGUCAUGUGGGAGGUCAUGUCCUACGGAGAACGACCUUACUGGGACAUGUCCAAUCAAGAUGUCAUAAAGGCUAUCGAGGAGGGAUAUCGUCUUCCCGCCCCCAUGGACUGCCCUCCUGGCCUCCAUCAGCUCAUGUUGGACUGCUGGCAGAAAGACCGAGCAGACCGACCCAAAUUCGAUCAGAUCGUCGGCAUCCUGGACAAAAUGAUCCGCAAUCCUAACACCUUAAAAACGCCAAUGGGAACAUGUACACGACCCAUAAGCCCACUGCUUGAUCAGAACACUCCAGAUUUCACUUCUUUCCGAUUGGUCAGUGAGUGGUUGGAAGCCAUCAAGAUGGAGAGAUAUGUGGACAGCUUCACAGCUGCAGGCUACAGCUCGCUCGAAUCUGUUGCUAGAAUGACUAUCGAGGAUGUAAUGAGUUUGGGAAUCUCCUUGGUGGGCCAUCAGAAGAAGAUCAUGAGCAGUAUACAGACUAUGAGAGCCCAGAUGCUGCAUCUUCACGGGACAGGCAUUCAAGUUUGAUGGACAUCGGCAGCACUCCCCGAUCAGAUGAACCAGAACUCUUCAGGACAGCACCGCAAAAUGUGUGACACAGCAAAAAUAAUAAAUAAAUAAAAAACUACUCGACAACAAAGAAAAAAAACGUUCCGUUUUUAAACUUCCAGAACUGACAGAACAGAAUCAUUCCUUUGUUAAUGGCGAAGGAUUUUGGUGAAGGUGCUGGAAACCAAGAGACAGAGAGACAUUGAAAACGCAGACAGACAAGAGAGAGAGAGAAUCUUAAACGGACAGUGACCACAGGAUGCUCUAAAGAACUCAUCAUGUCAUUGAGAUGGAGCAUUCAAGAGGAUUUUUAUGCUUUGUAUGGACUGUCUUUAUCAUCAGAGAUUUGCUCAUAGUUGCUAUAGAUUUCACUGAUUACUUUUUUAAAUCAAGGGUGAAUAUAAAAAUAAGCAAAUCCAAUUCAUAUGGAGUGAAUUUGCUGCAAGUUCUUUUGCUUUGGUUUGUAAUAUCCACACUAAGGCAGUGUGGGACGUUACUCUUCUACUCGAUUGAUUUGUGUUAGCUUGUUUUCUCGGAUUGUUUUAUGGAACUGACAACAGGGUAAACCGUCUCAUCUGGAGAGAACCAGAGGCUGAAAACCGACAGAAGAGGUUUGUCUUCUCCAGCCAGCACUAUCUACAUGAAGCUCUCUCCAGACUGAAGCAUUGGCAGAGAAAGAGAGUCAGGCCGACCUGGUCUUUUAUAUCGAGCAGAAGUAUCCCACUGCUUGGUCACGUGAAGCUCCUGAGAGUGAUUGGUUGUGUUUAAGAACAGCCCGAGCAGAUGUUAGGUAUAUUUUAUGAUCCUACACGACAAUUCAGAUGUGAAUUAGUACAAAGAGAAUUGCUAACCACUUCAGUUUUGUUUAGUUUUUUGUGUAAGAACUAUUACGGUGGCAAUAUUCUUUCUAAGUUUAUAUUUACCACAUGAAUGGAUUUAUCAGUGCUGUUGUUGAAUGUGUACUUUUUAUUAUUGAUAUCAUUUAUCAUAAAUACAUGUUUGCAUAAAGAAUGAAAAAAAGAAAAAAAGAAA